AUGUCGGGGAAAGAGCUGAUCACGGUCGAUUGCUCGAUCGGAGCCACGACUGGCUUCAUUGACAGCAAAUACCCCCGUGUCGCCCAGUUCCUCGGGGUCCCCUUUGCUGAACCCCCUACUGGGCCUCGGCGAUGGCUGCCUCCUGUGCCCAAGGCCCCUGUAGCGUCUAUUGAUGCGACCGAGUUCGGACCCUCUUGUCCCCAGGUGGUGGAUGUUUUCAAGACAACGUACAACACGGAUGUGCGGGAAUUCGUGAUCAACGAUGCUACCUCUGAGGACUGCCUGUCUCUCUGUAUCUGGACCCCGGUUGCGGCAGUCAACAAGGCCCAGGGAACAGCCUCGGCGCUGCCAGUUAUUGUGUGGGUGACUGGGGGUGCGUAUCUCGGCGGCGGGAACACGGUGCCUUAUCAGAACCCAGCGCCAUGGGUGGAAUCCAGCCAGCGACACAUUGUAGUCUCCAUCAACUAUCGUUUGAACAUCUUCGGUUUUCCGAAUGCAGCAGGGUUGCCGCUGACAGAGCAAAACCUCGGGACCCUCGACCAGCGUCUUGGUCUGGAAUGGGUGCAUAAACAUAUCGGUGCCUUUGGGGGAGAUCCGGACCGUCUUACAUACUGGGGUCAAUCUGCUGGUGCCCGAUCGGUCGACUGCCAUGGAUUCAGUUAUGCCGACAACUCCCUUGUCCGAGGGGUCAUUCUCAACUCGGGCGCGGCCUUGCUCCCGCUGAACGUCAAUGAUCCGACGCAUUCCCAUUUCAGCUUCGUUGCCAAAUCUCUCGGGUUUCCCGGCGGUGACGCAGCAGCUGAACUGGAUUUUAUGCGCCAGCAGCCGGCGGAAAGGCUCACCAAAUUCCGCGAGGAACAUACUAAAACCGGUGCGGAGCCAAUACUACGGUUCCAACCCAUUGUUGAUGGACGGACUGAGCUCGAGUGCGAGGACUACGAAGCUCGGCUGCGAGAUGGGAGAUUUAGCAAAGUGCCAGUCAUCAUUGGCACUACAGCUGAUGAAGGGAACUCCCUCGUCCCAUAUAACCCCGAGUCAUGCGAUGUGGAGGCCUCACGGAAAUUGACCAAGAUGAUCUUCGAUGACCCGGCAGACAAAACCAUCUCGCUCCGCUCCAAACACACCCCAAUCUUCAGAUACCUCUACCAAGACCCGGCUGCGCCAUCGGAAUCAUCGUUCCCGAAUAUAUCUCCCCGACCGUGGAUGAGAGCCUAUCACUCCUCAGAAUUGCCUCUGAUUUUCGGAACGCAUGACCUGUUCCGCGGGGAAUCAACAGAACAAGAGUACAAGCUGUCCCGUGCGUGGCAGGAUUUAUAUCUUGCUUUUGCGGAAGAUGGGGCCGAGGGACUACGAGCUAAGGGAUGGUUGGACGUAAGCCAAGGGAAGGCUGUUAUUUUUGGAUCCGGUGAUCAGGGGUGGGAACUUGUUGACUCCAAGGAGUUGACUCGCAAAGAGUGA